AUGGCAUAUAGGAAGGUGUGUGACGCCCAGGGUGGCCCAAUGGUCAGUGAGGUUCUGCACUGCUCUGGGGGUCUAGAUCUUGACUGGGACCUGGAAAAAGAGGAGCUACAGGAACCAGGACCCAGCAUGGACCGCAUGCAGAUGCAACACGUAGACUGCCAGAGAUCAGGGUGUUCAGACCCCGGCCCUGAUCCUGACCCUGAGCUGAUGGAACCCAUCCAGCCGUCUGUCUCAGUUUCACCACAUGGACGGUUUGAACGACUUCAGGAAGAUCCCAACUAUAUAUCCCACUUCACCAGGGCUCCCGGCCAUAAAGGCCAACGACGACUCCACUGCUUCCUACUCAGGUACUUCCUGGCAGGGUUGGGGCUUUUUGUGCUGGGUCUCCUGAUUGGCUGGUUCACUCACACACCUACCGUCAAACCACCUGCUUCUCCGUCCGACAGCUCAGACCUGCUGGAGGAGCUGCUGAGAGGAAUCACAGCCGACAAGAUAGACGCUCUCCAUAGAUCCUUCUCAAGCCUCUCAGAUGACAGCGAGGAAGCCAUAGCCAGGUACCUCUACAGGCAGUGGGUGGGACUUGGUUUGACAGACGUCCAUCUGUCCAAUCACACAGUUCUGCUCAGCCUGCCUGGUUCCACACCAAGCACCAUCACUGACAGGUCUAGUCACCAGUGUUUCCUGCCAAACGGGAUCCCCUGUGACCAGCGUGGACCAAAUGACUUGCCGAGGCAGCAGUUCUCCUAUGCAGCCUACUCUGCUGUUGGAAGUAUGCAGGGGGACGUGGUGGAUGUGCAGUACGCCAGCGUGGAUGACCUCAGGAGAGCCAAAGACAGCCUGAACCUCACAAACCAGAUCGCUGUGGUCAAAAUUGGCCAAGCACCUUUGCUGUACAAGCUGUCCCUACUGUCUGAGCUGGGUUUCGGAGGUGUUCUGCUUUACAUUGACCCAUGUGACACUCCCCCUGGCCGCCACACCUGGCAUCAAGCCUUCAGAGUGACUCUCAACCCCGGAGGAAACCCUACCAGUGCUGAGGUGUCAAGAGAGGCUGGAGGAAGUCUGACAUCACUGUUAGUUCAACCCAUCUCUGCCCUCCUGGCAAAGACGUUACUGUCCUCUUCAAUCGCUGGGCAGGGAGACUCCUGUAUUCCUCUGGCCAUGCCUCACAACACAGAACGAAAGAAGAUUACUCUGACUGUUAGAAACCAACUGUCCUACAAGAAGAUCUACAAUGUUGUGGGAUACCUGAAAGGAAAGAGAAACCCAGAUCGUUAUGUGCUGGUUGGCAGUCGCCAUGACAGCGACCAGGGAGGUGGGCCUUCAGUCAUUAUGAAUCAACUCAUCGCUGCACUGACCGAGCAGACUAAGCGCGGAUGGGUGCCAGACCGUACCACUGUGUUUUGCUCAUGGGGAGGCUCAGCCCUGGGGAACAUUGGGUCCUAUGAGUGGGGAAAGGAUAACAGUGUAAUCCUACAGAGCAGUGCAGUGGCCUACGUCAGUCUAAACUCUCCAGUAAGAGGGACGGAGACUCUCCGAGCUACAGCUUCUCCAACACUGCUGCAACUCACUACAGAUAUUCAGAGAAGACAGUUGCUGAGUUGCAUUCGUGGUGGGAACUGUCCUGGACCUAACGUCAGCUCGCUGCAGUUGCCUGGAGAUGUAAAUUUCUUCGCCAACCAACUGGCUGUGCCCACCGUGGAGUUUGCCUUUGAGCAGACCACAGCAGAAGAGACAACCAGUUUCCUGUCAGAAGCCCAAUUUUCUCCUGAGUCACCAGAGACCCUGGAUCCGCUUUUUAAGUUCCAUGAGACCAUUGCUAAGAUGACAGCAGAAGCCAUUCUCCGUCUGGUCAAUGAUCCUGUGCUGCCAUUCUACCCUCUGGACAUUGCCCUGGAUGUUCAAAACAAACUCAAAGAAAAGAGCUUGGUUACUCCGCACAUGCUGGCCUCAGCCUCCUCUCUGAGGGACCACGCAGCUUUCUUCCAGUCAGAAACGAUGCGUCCGGCAAAUGACCCAAAGGAGCGUGACCCCUCCCACGUGCGUAUGCUGAAUGAUGUACUUCGUGACCUUGAAAAGAGCUUCCUCAUCCCACAGACACCGCCUGGAGUGUACAGGAAUCUGUUAUACAGCCCUCCAGAGAAGACUCCUCAAUUUUCCAUCCUCAGGUUCUCACAGGAAGCUGUCCUGCAUUGCAAUGUCAACGGCAAAGCAGCCAAACACAACACUGCAGACAAGGAAGUACUUUGCCAAAGCACCCUGAACCAGUCUCUGUCUCUCAUCCUUAGGGCCAUCCGCUCAGCCGAGAGGCUGGUGUGUUUUGGCUUGGACCUGUUUGAAAAUUACCCAAAUGAACAAUAUGAUCUCGUCUGA